GAUGGAAAUUUUUUUUAUAAAACGUCACCUGAACAACUAAACGGGUAUAAUAAAUCAGUAAUUAGACCAGUGGUGUGGUGAACGUAAUAUAUUUUAAUGUAUGUUUUGAAACUUAGAAUAUAAAUAUGCAUAUGACAGUACAUUUUUAAACAAUUAUCGAAGUCUAAGUAACUAAGAUAAAUUGUACCGAAUCUUAAUCAUUAAACUCGUACACAUUAAAACCCCACCGAUUAUAAAUGUUUAUUUUCCACAAAAUAGUGCGAAACAUAAUCCGAAGUGAUAAAAUCUCAACAGCACGUAAUAACAAAACAAAACGUGAAAGGGUGUUUUGGAAAGUUGUAUGAAACAAAGUUGCUAUCGUAGUCGUAGAACUACACUCUAGUCUUACUCUUCAUCAACCAAGUUUGUAAUAAAUGUGAUUUUUUUUUUUUUUUUAGUUGCGUUAAACGAGAAUGAAAAUCUAUCAAGUACACCGAAAGUGAUCGUAAAGGUCAAACGAGGAAAAUCGCUGUUCGAAGAAGUGCCCCACCUCCCUCGUCCGCGGUUGUACGUCGAAUCCGUCCAGAGUUCCGCCCGCGAACAUUAGCAGCGUCGUACGUAUUGUUUUUCGUCGAUCGGUUCGCGGGUUUAGACGCUCUAGACCGACAACCGGUCGCAUUAAUGUGUUUACGUCGCGCAAUGUACACAAACACGUUAAUAGCCCCUCCCCCCAUUGUCUGUGGGCGCAACACAUGGGGACCUUUGCUCGUUGCAUCGACGAACAUUAACGUUACACAAAGAGCGUUGUUUGGUUUCGACACGACCGUCCGAGUCGGGUCGCGCUUUCCACGUUCGAGUCCCUCGUGCUAGCAGUACUGCUGGAAGACCCGAGUCAUAUCAAUAAAACCUCGUCAUGGUUGAGCACGUGCGCCUCCCGUCGUCCGACGACCGGCCCGACUACUUCUUGGACGAGUGCAGCAACCCCGUGUCGUGGUACCGUCGGCACCCCGUGCGCGACAACCUCACCCCCAAGUUGGGCCUGCACAGCGUGAUGGACAUGAAGCAUACCGUAUUGACGGAACAGUACGCCGACAACAAACCGGAAUACGUUUGGGAUCUAUUCCUUUACAACACUUACAUAACUUUCAAUUAUAUCAUGCAAGAUCAUUUGGACAACGCUUUAGAAAUAAUCAACGAGACGGAAAAAAUACUGUCAUCACAUUCCAAAAUAACGGAGAACACGACCGAUUUCUUGGAUUCUAUAAGCAAUGCUUUGCGCCACAUCACAUUGAGCACAAAAGGAUAUGUUUUGGUCAAGAGUAAUAAGAGCACCGAGGACUUGCACGAUUCGUUCGUGGCGCUGCGUGAUAUGGACGCGGCCAACGAGGCGGCCCUGUACGCCGUGCAGUCCAUAUUCUUGGCCAGGUACGUCAACAAGUGGUGUAUUCUGUCCAAGAUGUGCAUAGUCCGCGCGAUCGCCCUGAACCCUGCGGAACCGGAAUGGCAUUACAUGCUGUCGCACGGUUUGACUCAUUACCGGAAGCGGCUGCGCAUGACCAGCGUUCUGCCACAAGAAAUCCAAGAAGCCGAACUCGCCGUUGGUAUGUCCGACAACGCGCAUUACAAAUGUCACUUGGCAAAGUUGCUGCACUCCGACCGCGUGUACUACGCGGGCAGUUACAUAACGGACACGCUCAAAGCAAUAACGUUGAUCAAGAACAUAGUAAAUGAUUCGGACGACUUAUUUACGUUAAGACGUUGUUUGAAAACAAUCACAAAGAUAUCGAAAGCUAAAAAUGUUAGCCAUCAAGUUUAUUCGUUAGCCACAACGAUUAUCUCCAAAAUGGAAAACAGUCACAAUAGUUAUAUAUACGAAUCUAUUGGACACUACUACAUGUGUUGUGAAAAGAAUAUGGAAAAAGCGAAUAUGUAUUUUAAAAUGGCAUCCGACGGUAAAUGUUUCAGUGCAUCCAUUGAUUAUGUACGUUUAUUGUUUAUUAUGGAUCCCUACAACACAGACGUUGUGCUAAUUCUUGACAGUUAUUUGAACGUAUACCAAUCAAUAUCUUCUCAGUGUACGAUUUUAAUUCUUAUAAUAUCUUAUCAGCUACUUAAUAAAAACGAUAUUGUUGGAGCUCUGAUUUAUAUAGACAAGUUACUUAAUAAUAAAGUCUCAGCGUUUAUUCGCAAGUUGCAAGUGUUCAAAUCAAAAUUUAGCCGGCAAACUCAAAAGCUGAAUCUAUUAAAAAUUAUAUUAGAUGAACUGGAAAAAAAUUUGGAAAACGAAAAGUUGUCUGCAGAAAAUGUUGCAUUGGUAAGACGACUGUUUGAGAAAAUCAAUGACUUAUCAAAAACUUUUGUAAAAACGAAGGUGAUGCGCUUUGACUUGGACUUGAUGAUCAAUUUUUUGACUCAAAACGAAAUUAUUGGAAACGAAUGUUGUAAGGUGUUCAACCCAGUCAAUGAAGACAAUUCACUCAAUAAUACUACUAACACGGUUACGAAAACGGAAAACUGGAGAACGCUCAAACCUAACAACGGUCCUAAUGUAUUCACAUUAAAUAAAUAUCGAUAUUACAAUCGCGCGUAUUGUCCGACUAACGUAAACGAGUAACUAUAAAAAGUACUCAAUAACGAUAAACUAAUUAUUAAAGUAAAUUAUAUUGUGGCCAUCCCCCCAGUUUUAAUCACUGCAAUGUAACCUUAUUAUACAAAAUUUAAUAACUUAAUCAAACAAAUCACUACGUUUAAACGAUUUUCAAAUUAUUGUUACACGUCGUAUCUAUAAUAUAAUAUAAUGAUACAUGAGCAAAUUCAAAAAUUAAUAAUUACAGUGUUGAAGUGAAAGUAAUACGAAGUAAUCAAAACAUAGUUACAAUUUAAAUGAUAAAGUGAUGAAAUUUUGUAUUAUACAACGUGAAAAAAAAUAUCGUCACAAAAAUAAAGAAAAUAAAAAUCACUGAGUCAAUUUUAUUUUGUUUAUUACAAUUUAUAAAUUUAGUCACAUGUUAGUAACGAACGAAACAACAAAAUAACUGUUAAUUAUUACAAUACGUUUGUGAAGCAGCCAAAAAAUUUUAUAAUGCAGGCAGGAUCAAAACCAUUCACUCAGAUCCUCAACGUCAGUCUCCGUUGCCGAUUGCACGUUUGAUCUAAAUUCGUACUAGGGCUAUAUGUAGAAUGGUGUACCGUCAUGGGCGGCGGCGUACCGUGCAACGAAGGUGACCAUCGAAUAAAGAUUAAACCGAGGGAGAAUGGACAGGCACUCGGCUCGAACGUCGAGUACGUUUCUACUGCGAUCCUGGUACCUGGUCUAGGCUGCCAACAACCACUGCGACUUCCACGGUUCCAUUGUUUUGAAAAUAUUAAUUUUUAUACUAUUAGGUCAUUUUAUUAUUUACGUUUCAUAAAUGUUAAAUACGUUAAUGUUUUAAUACGUGUUAAAUGUUACAGUACGUGAUUUUAAUUGAAUAAAGU